AUGUGCGGAAUUGUUGGGUGUCACCAUGUGCCAGACGCAAAAGCCUUCAAGCCUACUGCGCUGAAGAUGGUCAAGCAGUGCCGUCACAGAGGACCAGAUUGGAGUGGAAGCUUUUUGGCCAACAGCACAAUUCUUGCCCACGAACGUCUGAGUAUCGUCGGUGUCGACAGUGGAGCUCAGCCACUUACCAACAGCGAUGAGACUAUUGCCCUUGCCGUCAACGGUGAGAUCUACAACCACCGAGUCAUUCGAAAGACCCUCGAGACCCCAUACCACUUCAAGACUCACUCCGAUUGCGAGGUCAUAAUACCACUGUACAUGCGAUAUGGUAUCGAUGCGCCAAAGUACCUCGACGGAAUGUUCUCUUUCGUUCUCUAUGACAAGAAGGAAGACCGAGUCAUUGCAGCACGCGACCCAAUUGGAAUUACCAGCUUUUACCAAGGAUGGUCGAGCAAGAUGCCAGGAGCUGUAUUCUUUGCUUCUGAGCUGAAAUGCUUGCACUCUGUCUGCGACAAGAUUAUUGCCUUCCCUCCAGGUCAUGUCUAUGAUUCAAAAACCGACACAACUACCAGAUACUUUCAACCCUCAUGGUGGGAUCCAGCUAAGGUUCCUACUACGCCUGUUGACUACAAGCUGCUUCGUGAGACAUUCGAGAAGUCGGUACGAAAGCGAUUGAUGGCUGAAGUCCCAUACGGUGUGCUAUUGUCUGGUGGUCUUGACUCGAGUUUAGUCGCAUCAAUCGCCCAACGCGAGACUUUACGUCUGAAGGCGGCUGCUUUGGCGCAAAUGCAGAACGGUGAUUCGGAAACCAGCCGGGAAGACGAGGAUAAGGGAGAAGGCUUGGUUGGUAUCAGCGACGAUGGAAAGCUAUCCACUGUCACCUAUCUACCCCAGCUUAACUCUUUCUCAAUUGGUUUGCCCGAUGCACCCGAUACUAAGGCUGCCAAGGAGGUCGCAAAGUUCUUGGGAACCAAGCACCACGAUAUGACCUUCACUAUCGAGGAGGGCUUGAACGCUCUGACAGACGUCAUCUAUCAUUUGGAGUCAUAUGAUGUGACGACUAUCCGUGCCUCUACUCCUAUGUUCUUGCUCUCAAGAAAAAUCAAGGCUAUGGGUGUGAAGAUGGUUCUGAGUGGUGAAGGCAGUGAUGAGAUGUUUGGAGGUUACCUCUAUUUCCAUGCUGCUCCGACCAAGGAAGCAUUUCAUGAGGAAACAAUCCGAAGAGUCAAAAACUUACACUUGUCAGAUUGUCUGAGAGCCAACAAGUCCACUUCUGCUUGGGGUCUUGAGGCUCGUGUCCCAUUCUUGGAUAAGGAGUUUUUGGAAGUCGCAAUGAACAUUGAUCCUCAGGACAAGAUGAUUGUGAAGGGCGAGCGGAUGGAGAAGUACAUCAUGCGAAAAGCAUUUGAUGUCUCGGUCCUGGAGCCAGGAGCGAAGCCAUACCUACCCGAGAAGGUGUUGUGGAGACAAAAGGAGCAGUUCAGUGAUGGUGUUGGUUACGGAUGGAUCGAUGCUCUCAAGGACAACGCCGAACUCCAUGUCACUGAUGAAAUGAUGAAGAACCCCAAGCCAGAAUGGGGCAGCGAUAUCCCAGAUAGCAAGGAAGCCUAUUGGUACAGAACAAUGUUCGAUGAGCAUUUCCCACCGUCUUGUGCAGAGACUGUCGAACGCUGGACACCAACUUGGUCGAAACAGACUGAUCCCAGUGGAAGAGCCAUUGCCAUCCACAACCAGAAGUAUGAGGCUGGGGACGAAAAGAAAGAAGCAUGA